AUGAAUGGCCUGAGUCGGUCUCCGCGGCGGGUGCCCAAUGUUGCAAGUCCAAACUCGACCUCAAGACAGAGCGCAGACUUUGGCUUGGGAAGUUCAGAGAGUGCCAUGGAAUUGGACAAUGUUGCUCUCGACGCGGAAGAGGAUCUGCGACAAGAACCUUCCAUGACAAUAUCCGAAAAGCUGGCCGCAGUAGAGGCGGAAGCCGCCGAAGCACACCGGAACCCUCCCUCCCCCCAUGUCGACACGAUAAGCAAGAAGAGGAAAUAUGGCGCGAACGCUGCGAAGACCAGGAAAGCCAGCAGACGACGUUCCACACUUAGUCCUGAAGAGCUAGCUGAAUUAAAGGGCUUGGAAUAG